AUGACCAGCAUCCGUGACGGCGGAGGGGACCUCCAGUUGGAAGAAGUGCAUGACGGUGACGACGACGACCGUCACGACGUGGGGGCAGAGGACGACGAAGGUGCCAUGGACGACCAAGAAAUGUACGCGUUGCAACGGCUGGACUCGAAAUGCACGUCGUUGCAACAAGAAGGCAAGUACACGGACGCGUUGGAGUGCAUGGAGAAGGGGCUGGUGCUGCGGCAGCACUUCUACGGGUCCGACAGCGCUGAAGUCCGCGACGCGUGCAAGACCGUGGGCGACAUGUGCAACCUCCUCGCCAUGACGUACUUGCAGCAGGAGAACUUCCCCAUUGUGUUGGAACUGCUCAAGAAGGCCGAGAUCCUCACGGAGCGCCACCUCGCCGGUCGCGCCGUGACGCUCAACAACUUUGCAUGUUACUACCGCCGCCAAGGCAAUCUGCACAAGGCAUUGACCCACUUGACCGAGGCGUUGGCGAUCGAAGCCAAGCUGGAGCACGUCCCCAAUCGCGCCGACACGCACCUCAACAUGUGCGCGGUGCUAUCUCAACUAGGUCGCCAUCAAGGCGCGCUGGAGCAAGCGCAGGCGGCGCUCAUCUUACUCCACGAAGAACUAUUCUCCACCAACAACAACAACACUCAGGGGGAGAAUGUCCAGCUGGAUCGCAUUGCGGUGCUCGGAAUUGCAUACCACAACGUUGGCGUCGAGCAAGAGUUCCUCAAGAAGCUCGAGCUGAGCAUCCACUCAUACCGCAAAGGCGCGGACGUGGCCGCCAAGUACCUUGGGGAAUCGCAUGGCAUGGUCAUCACACUGCGGAAUUCGCUGGUCACGGCCACAAGGGCGCUGGAUUUGAAGGCGGCGAGGGGGCGCGUGCCCACGACGGGCGACGGCAUUUCCAAGUUUUCGCAGAUGAAACACACGUUCAAAGCAAAGUUCCGUCGAAAACACAACUCCAAAGUCGCCGUCGAGCGAUGA